AUGGCAGGGAACUUGAUCAUUCCUUCUUUUUCUCUCCAUUCUUCCUUGGCAGCCUGGAUUCAACUAAUUUCUUCAUCAUUCUUAGAUAAAUCGUCAUCAUCACAUCAUAAUUAUCGAAACUCUAAAGGGAGUACGGAUUUCUGUGUUCGCAACAUUGAUCAUGCAGCCUUCGGAAGAAGGGAGAUUGAAAUUGCAGAACAAGAAAUGCCCGGACUAAUGGCUUUGAAAAAGAGAGCUGCAGCUGAUAAACCCCUUUUGGGAGCCAAGAUUAUCGGCUGUACUCACAUCACAGCACAAACAGCGGUGCUCAUUGAGACAUUGGUGGCACUCGGUGCUUCGGUGAGAUGGGCUGCCUGCAAUAUCUACUCGACCCAAAAUGAAGUUGCUGCUGCGUUGGCUGAAGGUGGUUACCCGAUUUUUGCUUGGAAAGGAGAGAAUGAAGAAGACUUCUGGUGGAGCAUUGAUAAAUGCAUCAAUAAUGAACAUUGGCAACCAAACAUGAUUUUGGAUGAUGGUGGAGAUGCCACCCACUUAAUGCUGAAAAAGUACCCGGCCAUGUUUAGCAGCAUCAAAGGCAUUGUAGAAGAGAGUGUCACAGGUGUACACCGUCUGUACCAAUUAUCAAAGUCCAAAAAACUCACUGUUCCAGCUAUGAAUGUAAAUGAUUCUGUUACUAAGACAAAAUUUGACAAUCUGUAUAGCUGUAGGGAAUCCAUUUUGGAUGCCCUGAAGAGAACCACAGAUGUGAUGUUUGGUGGAAAGCAAGUCUUGAUUUGUGGUUAUGGAGAAGUUGGGAAAGGUUGUGCCCAGGCCUUGAAAGGAAUGGGCUGUGUUGUCAUGGUCACUGAAAUUGAUCCAAUUUGUGCUCUGCAGGCUUGCAUGGAUGGCUUUAGAGUUGUGAAGCUGAAUGAAGUUGUUCGUCAAAUUGAUAUUCUUAUCACCUGUACAGGCAAUAAAAAUGUUGUAACCAGGGAGCAUUUAGACCGUUUGAAAAAUGGUUGCAUUGUAUGUAAUAUGGGUCACUCUAAUACGGAAAUUGAUGUGGGAAGUCUUCGUACACAGGAGUUGACAUGGGAGAAGGUGCGUUCACAAGUUGACCACAUCAUCUGGCCAGAUGGCAAAAGAAUUGUGUUGUUAGCAGAGGGUCGACUGGUCAACCUGAGCUGUUCAAGUGUCCCCUCAUUUGUUGUGUCAAUUACUGCCUCUACCCAGGCUCUUGCCCUGAUAGAACUCUACAAUGCCCCUGCUGGCCGAUACAAAGAUGAUGUCUACCUCCUGCCAAAGAAAAUGGAUGAAUAUGUGGCCAGUUUACACUUGCCAACAUUUGAUGCCCAUCUUACAGAACUCACAGACGAACAAGCCAAAUACCUUGGCUUAAACAAAGCUGGGCCAUUUAAACCUAACUAUUAUCGAUAUUGA